AAAAUACCCCUACUAGUAAGAGCUAAAAUUAAGAUAAGAGGUUUUACCUUCAAAUCUUUUUAUUGAGUUUAUCGCAAUUUUUGUCAGGAAUUUUGAACAAAGGGGGCACGUAUGGAAAAUAACUAGUAAAGAAAACUAUCCGAAAUUACGCGUCAGGGGUCCACACGCUAAGCAUCUAUAUGAUUAUAUAUAGCAAUUGAACUAGACUGAACAAAACAAGGGAUCCGGGGUACGGAUGCCUAAAAACAUCAAGUAUUAGUGGUACUAAUACUUUUAUGGUCAUUUUCUUUUUCUUCUCAUAUAUUAGGUAUCUUAGAUUUGAAAGCUCAUAUAUAUCGAUCACUUACCUUUAUGUUUUCGUACACCAUCAAUUUAUAUCCCUACAAUAACAUUACCUUUUACGUUGUUUGUCAUUAUUAUUAAAACUCAAAUAUAAAUAAUUAUUAUUUAUUUGUUGUUUUCUUGGCAGAUCAUCGACCAUAUAUAUCGUCAAUAAUCAAACAUGGCAUUACAUGAAUCUGCAGAGACUGAUGACCUUGAGUCUCAGCAAAGUAGAACUAUUCCGUUGCUCGAUGAAACGAGUACUACUAAUUACGACGACAUCGCUGCGAGAAAGGUUCGGUCCCUCUGGCGGCGAAUCGUUCAAGUGAGGAAAUUUAUCUUCUUAGCAAAAGAAAACAAAGCUCAAAAUGGAGGUCAAUUAGCUGCUUCUUACAUCGCACUCCCUACUGAUGAAACAGAAGCAGUGCUGAGGGGAUCAACAUCAAGCGGCACAGAUGCUCCACCUGCAUUACCUAAUGAUCAUGAUCAUGAUCAUGAUCAUCAUCCUCAAACCAUUGUGGAUAUUCAUGAGGGACCGGAAACCAACAGCACUAUUAUUGGUACUGCUACUGAUGCAAAAAACCAACAAAAUGCCAGCAUUGCCGAGAUAAUGAAAACCAAGAACUUGGUUUCCUUGAACCAAUUCGGAGGCGUCAAAGGAAUCGCUGAGGCUCUCAAUACUGAUUUGGAGGCUGGAAUCUCUGGCGACCAAGAAGAUCUGAAUCGGCGAACUGCGCAGACUAAUUCAGAUAACCCCAUUACAGGACAGGCAACUGAAGCUAUACCUUCUCCGAGCUUCUUCAGAAUCCUCCGAAAUCACUGCAACGAUGUCGCCAUCAUCAUCAUGAUUCUCUUCAUAGCUGCGGGGUUGUCGAUUGGAUUCGGAAUGAAGAUAGAUGGUGCCAAGACAGGUUGGUACGAGGGGUUUUUUAUAAUUGUUGCCAUUAUCAUACUCGUAGUUGCACCUGCAUUACGUGACCACUUGCAGCUUAAACGAUCACGUAGGGAUCGGCCAAUACUUUUGGAGGAGAAGUCGGUCUCUGUUUACAGAGGGAACACCGAACAAAAAGUGUACGCCUCCGAACUCGUCCAAGGCGAUGUCUUAUUGUUGGAGACCGGAUGUCUAGUCCCUGCUGAUGGUUUAUUUAUUAGAGGUGAAUUUCUAGUGGUUCAUGACGGGUUGGAGUCGACCGUAGAUGAAGAAGAUCCGUUUCUGUUUCAUGGUUUCAUGGUGACUCAUGGAAGUGGACGUAUGCUAGUGACGACUGUGGGCGAAGGCACUGAAUUUAGCAAGCUAAUGAGUUCAGCAGCCGCUAGCGCUCAAACACCAGACAGGACGACGCGGUUUCCUGCUCAGCUUGAUAGGUUGAGUAGGUUUACGCAAAUUAUCGGGCUUUUACUCUCUGUAAUAAUUCUGGUAGUUCUUUUUGUUCGUUUUAUGUUGGACAAUCAUUUUUAUUCUGACCCUGAUCUUCCACAGUUCAAGGGGAAACCAGAUACGAGCUAUGAAUUCAUGAAUAUUAUAGAGAGAAUUGUCAUGAAACCAAGAGGAAAUAUAGGUGCAAAUAUAGUAGCUUUACUCACUGCAGCAAUGGUGGGAGUAGUGGAAGGAAUACCCUUUAUCAUUACUUCUGUAUCUAUUUUAUGGAGAAAGAAGAUGUUGCCCAAAGAAGCCUACUCAGAUCAAGGACUGUUGGGUUCUGUGAUAGUGGGAUCUUCUACAGUCAUUUGCACUGAUAAAACUCCAUUGAACCCAGCUGAUGUUUCCAUGUGCUUCAUUGGUACUGAAGAAGUCUUCCAGACUACACGCUCCAAUCUUUCUGGGAUACAAAAAUCCAUUCGUGAAGCUCUUGGAAUUGGCAUCUGUGCGCCACUUGUGUUACCAUCGAGUCCCCGUAAGGAGGACCCACUUAUUCCAUGGGCUAGCUCAAAUUUGGAGAUAGAGCUUGACACUUUGUGGCAAAGUAAUAGAGUCAUGAAGAUCAAAAGAUUGAGCCCAAAUGAGGAAGGAAGUGGAGUUUUGAUGAAGGAAAACACUGCGACAGGGAAUAUGUCUUUGCAUUUUAAAGGACCUGCAUUAACAAUAUUAGGAAAGUGCUCCAACUACUAUGACAUGAAUGGGAAUACAAGAAGAUUGGAUGACAGCGAACGAGAGGUUUUUGAGAAGAAUAUUGAGGAGAUGCAAUCGCGAGAUCUAAAAACCAUUGCGUAUGCUUACAAGCGAAUUGAUGAUCCCGUUGUGGAAGAGGAUAACUUAACCUUAAUAGCAAUGGUUGGUAUCAAGAACUACACCUGUUGCGCCAAGAUAGAAAAAACACUGAAAGAUUUUAAAGAUGCCCAAGUGAAGUUCGUAUUGGUCUCAGAAGAUGACAUGACAGAGCUUAAAAAUAUAGCUAUUGCCUGUAAAAUUCUUCCCCCAGGUGGACUGGUAAUUACAGGUGAAGAUUUUCGAAACUACAGCGAGCAAGAGAAGAUGGAUAAAGCAAAUAUGAUCUGCGUAAUGGGAAACUCUCUUCCAGAGGACAGAAUACUUCUAAUGGAAUACUUGAAAAGGAAAGGAGGCGUUGUCCUAGCGCUUGGAAGUAGAACAGACGACAUUCCCAUGCAAACACGAGCUAAUAUCGGUGUUACAAUGGGGAGAAGGAGCUGCCAAAUGGUUAGAGAGAGUUCUAACCUGGAAGUUUUUGACUGGAGCUUGAGUUCCUUGCUGACUCUUAUACAGUGCGGAAGAUGUACUUAUUACAACAUUCAAAAGUACAUUCAACUAGAUCUCGUCACCAACAUUGCAGGAACAUUGAUAGCAUCCAUCACCACAGUGUGGUUGGGGUCAAACUCAAUCACCGGGAUUCAACUGUUCUGGACUAAUUUGGUCACAACUUUUGUAAUUGGGCCUGUUCUACUGAUGGAGCCACCAAAUAAUGAGCUGAUGCGCAAGCCUCCAAUAAGGCCAAAUGAAUCACUCAUUUCAGUACACAUGUGUAGAAAUAUGAUAAUUCAGGCUUUAUAUCAGACUACCAUCUUGGUCACAUUUCAAAUCAAAGGGCAUCAUCUACUGCGCUUCUUCAGAAUUUGUCAUAAACAGCAACAUGUGAGUAAGUCCAUGAUUUUUAACAGUUUCGUUCUCUGCCAAAUGUUUAAUCAGGUGAAUUCAAGAGAGGUAGAGAAUAUAAACGUGUUGAUGAGAAUUCAUCGAAAUCGAUGGUUUCCCUUGGCUGUGGUUUUGGUACUAGGACUACAGGCCAGUUUCAUUCAGGUGGCCCAUGCUGUGAAUAGGGAUGAGAAUUUGAGUUUGGCUCAGUGGGGGGUCUGUUUUAUUAUAGGAAUUGUUUCAUGCCUAGUCGAUGCAGCAGCCAAGGGCACAUGGAAACUCACCAAGAAGCUACUUUCCAGGUUUCAUACUAUACCACCGCCUACCAUGACACACUCUGACUCUGCUUUCUGACUCGCUUUCUAAUCUAGAAUUUCCAUUGACGUGUAGUUCUGAAAAUUCUACAUGAGCUCCAUCUUAAAUACAGCACUUCUUUUGCUAGCUCUAUUUUAUCUUUUGUAUUAUUGAGAUCCAAGCAAAGCGUUAUUUUCAAUAAUACUGACUUUAAGAUAUUUUAAAAGAUACUCAAAUGCGUAAUAUAUAGACCAAUUUUAUAGCAA